AACACGGAAGUUACGUUUAGUCAGUGCUCCGUUAUCAUGUGCUAAAAGGUAUUUGGGUCACCUAGCUUUCACAGUAAUUGUAUAAGAGCGUUUUCACACUCUUACCAAAUACCAGUUGGGUUUUAAAUAUUUACCAACGAGUCUAUGCAGAACGAGAUGAGACAUGAAUAUUGCAACCAUUUUGACUGAAAACUAGCUAGCCAGCAGGAAGCUAGCUAGUGUCUACGUCAGCUAACGUUGCAUACUGUUAGCUUAGCCAUUUUCUAAAAAGUGAAGAAAUGGCAAAUAAAAAAGAGAAAACAUUCAAGCUUGUAAUCGUGGGAGGUGGCAUCGCGGGUGUGACAUGUGUUGAGCAGCUGUCAUCCCAGAUUCCUUCAGCUGACGUGGCGCUGAUUACAGCAGGUCCCCACAUCAAAGCAGUGACCAACUAUAAACAGGUUUCCAAGACACUGGAAGAGUUUGAUGUUGAGGAGCGACCAUCCAGUGUUUUGGAGGAGAAGUUUCCCAACCUGACUGUCAUCCACUCGGCCGUCAAAUCACUUCACACACAAUCACACUCAGUGGAAACUGCAGAUGGGCGAGUUUUUGGUUAUGAGAAGCUGUGUAUUUGCAGUGGGGGCAGACCCAAGCUCCUAACCCAGGACAAUCCUUAUGUCCUAGGGAUACGGGACACAGACAGUGCCCAGGAGUUUCAGAAGCGGUUAUCCCAAGCUAAGAGAAUUGUUGUUGUUGGCAAUGGAGGGAUUGCCUUGGAAUUAGUGUAUGAAGUGGAGGGCUGCGAGGUGAUCUGGGCUGUGAAGGACAAGGCCAUAGGAAACACCUUCUUUGACGCCGGGGCAGCACAGUUCCUCAUCCCAGCACUGGAAGCGGACAAACCAGAAAGUGCUGCCCCCUGUAAGAGAACUCGCUACACCACAGAGGAACCAGCACCUGCAGCGUCCCAGACCUUCACAGCAGAUAGAAACUCACGAAGGCAUGGUUCUGGUCCCACAGAGGCUGGCAGUGCCCUCGGUCCAGACUGGCACGAAGGAAUAGUUCUACGAGGAACAGAGCAGGUGUCCCGCAGAGUUUCAUUGGAAUACCAGUGUGAGGUGGAAAAGAUCUUCACCUCUGAGGAGCUGCUCAAUUCCCCACAGCAAACACUCAGACUCGAGAAUGUAGGAUCCUGGCCAGUUUACGUCCAGCUGACUAAUGGAAAAACAUUUGGCUGUGAUUUUGUUGUCAGUGCAACCGGUGUCGUGCCAAACACUGAGCCAUUUCUCAAUGGCAACAAUUUUGCACUGGCAGAUGACGGCGGCUUGCACGUAGAUGACCACAUGAUGACAUCAGAGCCAGAUGUGUAUGCUGCAGGAGACGUGUGCACUGCAUGCUGGGAACACAGCCCAUUGUGGCAGCAGAUGCGUUUGUGGACGCAGGCCCGUCAGAUGGGCUGGUACGCCGGCCGCUGCAUGGCGGCAAACGUCCUGUCAGAACCAAUAGAACUGGAUUUCUGCUUCGAACUUUUCUCACACAUUACCAAAUUCUUCAACUACAAGGUGGUCCUGCUGGGGAAGUUCAAUGGACAGGGCCUGGGGCCCGACCAUGAGCUGCUGUUACGCUGCACCAAAGGCCAGGAGUAUGUCAAGGUCGUUCUCAGUGGAGGCAGGAUGGUGGGAGCGGUGCUGAUCGGGGAAACAGACCUGGAGGAGACCUUUGAGAACCUGAUCCUCAACCAGAUGGAUCUGACCCCGUACGGAGAGGAGUUGCUCAACCCUGACAUUGAUAUAGAGGACUACUUUGAUUGAGCAUGACGGGUGUGAUUCAGGAACACGUUGAGUCAGAAGAAUGUCUAAAGGCAUGAGAAGAGAAUUCAAUUAUGUCCAUGCUGAUGAGUGUCAUCUUUUGUGGCAAAGAGAAGUAGCUGUCUGAUGAAGUAGUGAUUGUCUUUCUUAGUCUUAUAAAAACACUUGUACUUUUUAAGAAUAUAUAUGUGCUUUAAAAUAAAUUAUUUUCUAAACCAAGUGUA